AUGCAGAUCUUCAUACGAACACUCGAUAAUCGUACAUUACCAUUCAGUGUUGAAUCAGAUGAUACUAUAGAUGAUAUUAAAGAAUUUAUUGAACAACGAGAAGGUAUUCCAGCAGAUGAACAACGUUUAAUAUUAGGUGGUAAACAAUUGAAUGAUGAAUUAACACUGGAAGAAUGUGAAGUUGAAGAUAAAUCAACGUUAUUUGUAUUAUUGGAUCUUGAAGGAGGUGGCAAAAAACGAAAAAAGAAAACGUAUAGUACACCGAAAAAAAAUAAACAUAAACGAAAGAAGGUCAAAUUAGCUGUAUUAAAAUAUUACAAAGUUGAAGAUACCGGUAAAAUUCGUCGAUUACGCCGUGAAUGUCCAUCGAAACAAUGUGGAGCUGGUGUAUUUAUGGCUAGCCAUCAUGAUCGUAAUUAUUGUGGAAAGUGUUGUUUAACAUACAUGUUCAAAAAACCGGAAGGAGAAGAAGAAUAA